AUGUUCAGUGACGGCAGCGGCCGGAUGAACGUCAGGAACCUGUACAUGGCGCUGCGAGCGGUCGGCGUGUACGCGACCGACGAAGACGUCAUCACCGUGGUCGACGAAUACGACCCGACCGGCCGCGGUUACAUCACCGGAAACCAGUGGGCGGCGUCCGUGGCGCGCCGAUGGGCCGAAGACGGGGCCCGGCGUCGGCGGUUCCGCGCCAUGCUUGAAGACCCGAAGUCCACCGGACAGGUGACGGUCGACCACGUGCUCACCGUGCUCAAAGAGUUCGACCCAAACUUGUUGACAGACGUGGACGCGAACGAGAUGGUGGCGGAGAUGGACCCUGCCGGCUCGGGACUGGUCGACUACGACCAGUUCAUGGACACCUGCAUGGUCCGGCCGGCCCCGCUUGACGCAGCAAUGUAUAAUUAUUCCUAG